AUGGCGUUCAGAGGAUAUAUUUACUUCAGAGUAAGCAGCUUGAGACAAUCAUGUAUUUGGCAGAGGUGGAUUUUGAAACACAUUGGAUAUGGAAUAAAUGUCCUCAAUUAGGAUCAAUGUAGUAUCUUCCGCAUCUCCUCCCUCACUCCUCACUCAAAUACUCCACCUAUAUCUCACUCAACAAAUUCACUCAAUAAUCCCAACUCCUCUCCUCUACCUCCUCCAGCCCAAAACCUUCACAUUCUCUUUUAAAAAUCUCUUAAUUUCUUCUGACAAGUACUUCUCUUAAAAACAAACAAAAAAAUAAAAAAAACCAAAUACCAGUAUUUAAAAAAUUUUGUUAUUUUUGUUAGUGAUUUUUGGUAACUGAUGGACCAUGUACAGAUGAGGAGACGUGGAUGGUUAUGAAGAGAAAGAGGUACAAGGGGGGACAAGAGUUGAAUGGGGUCUAUCGGAGAGGAAGAGGAAGGUAGUGGUGAAGGAAAGGUGGAAAUUUAGAAAGGAGGUGAUGACCCAAUGGGAUUUGUAGGUGUUCCAGCGGCGUUGGGUGUCUUGGAGGUGUUGUUUGGUGAUGGGUGAGGGAGAAAGGGUGUGUUUUGAAGGAGGAUGAUGUAGAUCUUGCUGGUAAGGAAUUUAAGGCAGGGAUUGAUGUAGAAACUCCAGAUGAUUCAUAGCGUUUGUAAUGGAACAGCGAUGCAAAGAAUAACAAGGGACAUGAAUCGAUAAAGAAAAUCCAAUAUACUAAGUCUUGAAGUGAUUAUUCAAAAAUCCCGGUUUGUGAGAAUGAAUGAUACUGUUAGAAUCAAGAAUCCAACCCAUUUACGAGUCCAACUGUUUCUACUUGGAUUUGGAGAUAAGUAAUGAAAAAUUAUUGCAAUUAUAUAACUUAUCUGAAAGAACAAAAAGAAAAUUUCAAAUCUUCUCCUUUGCCAGCCUGAUUGAUCUAUUUCAAAUAUUAUUCUCCAGAAUUACAUUGUGAAUCAUCACCUUUUGUUUCUCUGAUAUCCUCAAAAUCAUCAUUAAUCACGCCUUUCAGAGCUGAAAAUUGAUAUAUCUCUCUCAUAUUUGAAUGGAACUCAAAAUCUGUUUACAAAGGCUUAACUCGAUCAUCUACAUGUAUGACUCCAAAUAUAUAAACAACAGGAGAACAAAGAACAAUAGUUACAAUAUAAACAAACAAUAGAGACUCAUUUGCUCUUUCAAAC